UUAUAGAGUAAGGUAAGGUAAACAAUAUUGAGUAUUUGUGUGGUGAUUUAGUUAAGGAUAACACAGCGAUCAGUUUCAGCCAAAAAAUGGGGACUCAGACAGCAGCUCUAUGCUCCCUUGUAGUGCUCCAAAUAUUAAGCUUAAGUUCAGGUGAGCCUCCCUACUACAGAACAUACCGAGUUCUUUCUGGAUCUCCUUAUUACAACAACUAUUACACAUACAACAGAAAUCCUUAUGUGGAAAAUUCCUACAGAUACACUUAUCCAUCUAGGCCUCUUUACGAUGAUAAAGUAUACAUAACAGACCGGUAUGGAAACACAGUAGCCCAAACUGCAAGUGAAUAUAACAGAUAUGUGCAAAGCUCUUCUUAUAGAAACAACGGAGAUUGCGAGCAUUGUCCAAGUGGCUAUUUUCGAGAAGCUCAACAAGUCACGACAUGUACGGCAAGCACAUGUGGACAAAACGCCCAAUGCCAAGUGAUAGGAGGAAGACCGGUUUGUUCGUGCUACAGAGGAUAUUCUGGAGAUCCGUUAUCUGUUUGCACUAGGUCGGAAUGCUUAUCUGAUGGGGAAUGUAGAGGCCAUUUAACGUGUAGAAAUGGUAGAUGCAUUGAUCCUUGCUCAGGAACAUGUGGAAUUAAUGCUGAUUGCCAAACCAGAAAUCACGUUCCCGUAUGCAGUUGCCCACCUGGAUAUACAGGAAGUCCAUUCAGUAGCUGUAGAAGAUUUGAUCCUUCUGAACUGUGCCACCCAAGCCCUUGCGGACAAAACACCAACUGUGAAGUAGUUAAUGGAGUUCCAACUUGCAAAUGCAGACCUGGAUUUUUGGGCUCACCAAUUGCCGGAUGUCGGCAUGAAUGCGAAAGGGAUGGCGAAUGCAAUUCCAAUCAAGCUUGCAUCGAUUUCCGUUGUCAAAAUCCAUGCAGUUCUCAAUGUGGAGAAAAUGCCGACUGUUCCAUCAGGAACCAUCAAGCUGUAUGCAGCUGCCCCAAGAAUUACUUCGGAAACCCUUCGAUUUCCUGCAAACCGGAAUGUUACGGGGAUGUGGACUGUCCAGCUGGCAGACCAGCCUGUUUCUACGGGAUCUGCAAGAACCCAUGCGAUGGUGUUUGUGGAGUGGGCGCUGACUGCAACCUCAGGGGACUCACUCCUAUUUGCUCCUGUCCAAAGGACAUGACCGGCGAUCCGUUUGUAAGCUGCAGACCUUUCGAUUCACAUGAUCUUUGUGAACCAAACCCAUGCGGAUCCAACGCAUAUUGUGAGCCUGGAUUUGAGACACGCAAUCCUGCAAAGGAACGGCCAGUCUGCUUCUGCCAAACUGGUUACAUUGGCAAUCCGGUUGCAGGAUGUCGAAGAGGAGAAUGUCUGGGAGACCCUGAUUGUCCCAAUAAUCAGGCUUGUAUUGAUUACGUCUGCCAAAAUCCUUGCGUUGGUCAAUGUGGUGUGAAUGCUGAAUGCAACCCCAGGAACCAUCUGGCUGUAUGUACUUGUCCAACCGGGUACCAAGGAGAUGCUCUUUCGCAAUGCUACUUGAACAGAGGACAGUCCGCUUCCAGGUAUAUUCGCUACAAACGAGCGUUGGAAGAAUUGGCGGCAAAUCUUACCUUGGAGGCUUAAAAUUGGGAGCAAAUGAAUAUUCGGCUAUAAAUUUGUGCAUUUUCAAUAUACCAGAGUUAAAAUGAAAGACUGUCUCUAAAAAGAAGUGAAAUGUUGAAUGUUAGAAAAUAGUGUGUUCAAUAACUGCGUCGAAGCAAAGCUGCCUAUUGCUAACUGCCGUAACUUUACAGUAAGUUUUUGUAAUAUUGUUUUAUUUUUGUACGAAUAAAAUAUUUAAUUUCC